CUGGGACAGAGCUGUGGAUAUUUAACAGGAUUUUCCAAGUGAGUUUCAAGUGAUGAGGCUAUCCCACUGAAAAUGGUCUCACUCAGAGAUGAUACCAUGGAGCAAAGGGUGUCUUGCAUCAAGAAAGAGGACUGUGAGUGUGAUCCCAUCCAGCUACUAUCCGGGGUUCACUCCGUGAAGGUGAUGGACUGUCCAGAGGUGAUGUGUGAUUUUAAAGAGGAGGAAUCUGGCAAGAGUUUCAUUCAAAUGAAAACAGAGGAUUCUGAGUGCAUUUCAGGUGGCUUUGAUGGGCAGAGCUAUGAAACCUUAAACAGUUUCAAACAAGAAGUGUCUUCAGAGAGUGAGAUUAAUUCACAAGUGUGUCCAUCAUCAUUAAAUGUGAAGACUUACUUAGAAUACAAUGAGGGCAUGCAGUGGUUUUCUCAAGGUCAUUCUAGCACACAGUUUCCUGAGUCUGAACUUGCUGAAGAGAUAUAUUACAGUCGAGAAAUGGAAGAAAAGUCAUGUCCAACACAGCAUGAGACAACAAGAUUCACUGCAAAAGAUGUUGUUGAUCAGUUAUAUCCAGAAGAGGACUUUCCAGAGGAGUUAGAAAGCUGUGAGGAAGAAGUGUCUGAGGAGGAGGAUUACUACGUGGAGCCAUCAAGUGAGCAGCACUCAUUGGAUGACAAGGAAGAAGAAGAGGAGGAAGAUGAAGGAAUGACUGAGAUCUUUAUGUCCUGGAAUGGUGAAAUGAGCUGGUCUCCAACACCUUAUGCACGUGAGGGUGCAGGCGGGUGUGCUGUUGAAGACGUCCUGAGGAGGACUCCCGGGCCAACUAGAUUAGCAGUGGCCAAUACAGUCGACAUUUUGUCAGCCUUCCUGCUUUUUUUUCCAGCUUCCAUUGAAAAAAUUGUCAUUGAGAUGAGCAAUCUAGAGGGGAUACAGCGGUAUGGCGAACGAUGGAGAGAAAUUGAUGAGUCUGAGCUACGUGCUUACCUUGGUCUUCUGGUGCUGGCUGGGGUGUACAGAUCACAAGGUGAGGCUGCCUCUAGGCUGUGGCAUCCAGAAACGGGAAGGCCAGUGUUCUGUGCAACUAUGCCCCUCAAGAGGUUCUGUGCCCUUUCAGCAAUUCUACAGUUUGAUAACCGGGAGUCAAGAGCCGCACGGCGGGCUACGGACAACCUGGCGGCCUUCAGGGAGGUCUGGGACAGAUGGGCCGAGAGGCUACCGCUGAUGUACCACCCUGGGCCUGACGUCACGCUGGAUGAGCGGCUUCUUACAUUCAGAGGUCGCUGCCCUUUUCGCCAGUACAUGCCAAAUAAGCCGGGCAAAUGUGGAAUUAAGUUAUGGGUGGUGUGUGAUGCACAAUCUAGUUAUGCCUGGGACAUACAAGUCUGUACUGGAAGAGCAGAAGGAAAAGCAUCAGCAGCAGCCUCAGAGAAAAAACAAAGCCAGCGCAUCAUCCUUGAUAUGACACGGGAUCUCAGGGGUCAUAAUGUCACCUGUGACAAUGUCUUUGUCUCAUGCGAGCUUGGCCAGGAGCUCCUAAAAAAGCAGGUCACUUUGGUUGGCACCAUGCGACGAAACAAGCAGGAACUGCCUGCUGCUUUAACCCUAACUAGACACAGAAAGGUUUUCUCUUCUGUGUUUGCUUUUACUCCCACUACCACUGUGGUUUCUUAUAUUCCAAAGAAACAGACAAAUGUCGUACUGUUGAGCACCUUUCACAAAGAUGCCCAAGUGAGUGACCGGGUAGACAAAAAGCCAGUGAUGAUCCUCGACCACAACAGAAACAAAGGUGGGGUGGACAAUCUGGACAAAGUCACAGCCACGUACAGUUGCCAGAGGAAAACUGCACGCUGGCCCCUCGCCCUAUUCUUCAAAAUUAUUGACAUAUCCACGUUCAAUGCUUUUGUAAUUUGGAGUGAACUCAACCCAAGCUGGAGGCCAAGCAAAAGGAACUGGAGGAGGCUCUUUUUGGAGGAGCUUGGUAAAGAACUGGUGACGCCUUUCAUGCAGAGACGGCGGUGUCUUCCCCACACUCACCUAUCGGCAUCCCUUGUAAGGGCCGCACAAAAUUCAGAGUCCGGCACUCAUGAUGUCUCACAAGAACCCAGAGCAAGGAGCAGGAAAAGGGGGAGAUGCAAUUUCUGUCCCACAACACAAAAUUGA